UAUUAAAAAAUAAUGGAAAAAAUUCAAAAUUCUUAGUGGAAUAAAUCUCGAGUGAAUAAGAAGCAUUAAAUUGAAAAAAAAAAAAUUAUAAAAUUAAAAUGCCCGAAUAUACUAUUGAAGUAGAUACAACGAAAACACCAUCAGUUACAUUUGAAGUAGACGAUCUGGUAGAGCCAAACGUUGAAUCAAAACCUUCAAUACCUUCAGUAAAACCAUCGACUCAACGGAUUGAUAUUGAACAAUGUUGUUGCAGCCCACCAAGUAAAGGAAAAGGAGGUUGUUGUAAAGGAAAUAAAUGUAAAAGCAAAUGCUGUAAACCAAGCAAAUGUUGUAAAGGAGGUUGUAAGUCUAAAUGCUGUAAGAAGAAACCGGGUCCUCCUCCAUCUGCCGAGCCUCAGUCUGAACCUGAAUCCGAGGCUGAAACUGAGCCUGAGUCUGAAUCUGAGCCUCAAAAACUUGAUCCAUGUUCGAGUUGGUCAUUUUUUCGGAGAAAGGAAACUCCACAAAAAGAAUCUCCUAGAAAAGCAGAAAGUUCACCUGAAGUGAAAAAGGAACGAUCAAAAUCUAAAUCACCAACUCCAAAACCACAACCAGAACUUCCAAGACCAGAUUCUCCAUCAGUUAGUAGUACGAGUGGGGUUAGUAUAAGCAAGGAAGGAGGUAGAGGUUGUUGUGGUGGUGGUUCAAAAUGCUGUAAAGGUGGUAACAAAUGUUGCAAAGGUGGAGGGGGCAAAUGCUGCAAAGGUGGAAGCAAAUGUUGUAAGAAAAAAAAAAGUUGUCAGGAAGUAUGUGAAAAAUUAUUAUCAGAGAAAAUUGAAAAAAAGAAGCAAGAAAUUAUAAAGAGAUCUCAAAGUGCUGAUGAAGAAAAAAAACAGAUUAAAGAAAAAGGUGAAAAAACUAAAUCAGAAACGACACCAUCGAAAGUAAGGAAUUGGUGCCUUCCAAUGAAGAAAAAAGAUAAUGAUGAAGAGAAAGAAAAGAAAAGAAAGAAAGAAAAAGAACCUAGUCCAAGCCGUCCACCAUCUCCCCUGCCUGAAGAAAAGAAAUGUGAUUGCAAGGUGACACGAAGUAAAGGUUGCUGCAAAAGUAAAUGUAAAAAAAGUAAAUGUUGUGGAGGUGGGAGUGGCGGUGGUAAAAAAUGUUGUAAGGGUGGUAGCAAAUGUUGUAAGGGUGGGGGUACCAAAUGUUGCAAGGGUGGGGGGAGUAAAUGUUGUAAAAAAAGUGACUUUAAACUAGAAUGUGAAAAAUUUUUAACUGAGAAACUUAAGGAGAUAUUAAACGAGGCUAAGGAAAAAGAGAAGAAUAAGAAAGAGAAUGAGAAUGACGAAAAAUCUGAUAAAAAACCUUAUGGCUGGUGGUGUACGUCAAAGCAAGAAGAAAAGCCCAAAUCUGAACCUGAAUCUGAAGAAGAAACAAAUCCGGAAAUAUAUAUUACAAAAUGUGACGAUGUAAAUUGUACAGAAAAAAAACGCAGGGGUUCUAAAUGUUGUGGAAAAACACCUAAACCCAAAGGACCUACAACCACAAAAUAUACGCCAAGUGGUAUAUCGCUAAAACCAAAACCUUCGGACACAGAGUUAUCCGGCAAGAGUCCUGGUAUGGGCGAGCAAAAUGGUCCUGUUAUUGAAACAGAAAGCAGAAUAUCGGCGCCCCUCAUAGGGAAUAGUGCAACGAUAGGUGCAAUAUCUCUUGGAGCCUUAUUUUAUGCCGUCUACUACUUCUUAAUUGGUUCCUGGGGAGACGGGAAUGUACAACAGGUCCCAAAUAUUAUUCGACACUGUUACGAUUAAAUUUAUUAUUAUUAAUAAUCUAAUCAUGGUUGGGAAAGGACAUAGUGUGGCCAAAGCACUCAGAAAGACAAAGAUAGAACAUUCAAAGAUAUAGAAAACUCAAUUUUCACUAAAAACUGUCAAUUUUUGUUGUAUUUGUUUUUCAU